AUGGAAUGGAUCGCAGUGACGUUUUCAAAAGCGAGCUUCUUUAAUGGGGUUAUUGCCAUCACAGCUGGCGUUGUUGCAAAUACUUUAUCGGAAUGGAUCAAUUUUGGACCAGUCUCGCCAUUUCUACUAGCGAUUCCGUUUCUGAUUAUGUCCGGGAUGUUAAUUUUGACCAAUUGGGAUGAAAAUUAUGGCGGGAAAUCGAUAAGAUUGGCAGGGCCUUGUAUAGCGAGCCUUCGUUUGAUUGUAACGAACUCAAAAAUUUUGCUAAUUGGUGCGGUGACAUCAUUAUUCGAAAGUGUAAUGUUUGUUUUCGUGUUCCUUUGGACGCCUGUAUUAGACCCGGCUCAACCACCGUUAGGAAUCGUGUUUUCGUGUUUCAUGGCUUGCGUCAUGAUCGGAGGGUUAAUUUUCGACGCCGCAAUUUCGUGGAAAAUUUCACCGAUACGCAUAAUAGAGGUCGCAAUAUUUCUCGGACUCGCGUCAAAUUUGGCAUCGUGCUUUGCGAGUGCGAAUCAUCCGCGCAAGACAUUCUUGGCGUUUCUCCUCAUGGAGUUUGCAUGCGGGUUAUAUUUUCCCGCCAUGAAUUGGUUACGGCAGCGUAUCCUACCCGAGGCUCACCACGCUGGGAUUAUUAAUUGGUUCAGGGUGCCGCUAAAUAUUACUGCAUCGAUCGUGUUGUUGGUGUUGCAUGACACCCACAGCGGGGAAGGGAUUACGGCGAUAUUUGCGUUGUGUUCCGUCCUGAUGAUGAUCGCCGAGGUUUGUACAAUCAAGUUGGCGAUGUCGCUUAACGUUGGUGAUUUUGUAUCAGAUGGACAAGAUAUCGAGAACGAUAAUGGCGGAGAGAAUUUGGUUUAG